AUGUACUGUCAGAAGUGCCGCCAACCUCUUCGAAUAGAUGGUUCUGUCGAAGAGCUGAAUCCUGCUUCAUUCGAUCUGCUCGUUGUGUCGACGGGCAGAUCUCAACAGACAAGCGCCAAUGCCUCUCGCCUAAAUUAUCCACAAGAACGAAAAGAUCUCUACGAUCGCGUCGCCACCCAGGCCGGCUCUCCGAUCUACAAGCGAAACAUCCCCGCUCCUCAGGAUGAAACUCCCUCAGCUCAACACGGUGUUGCGGGAGGACAUGGACCCAGCAAUGGAAACCCUGAUAUGUCUUUUGUCGAGAUAACCCAGUCACAAGUCGUUCUACCCCACAGAGACCAUGCCAACAGAAAAAGCCGAAAUGCAGAGGGCGAAGGAGAGAAUGGCGGUAGCGAUCCCGAGAAAGACACUCGUUUGUCCACUCAAAUCAACAAGACCGAAGAACUCUUCGCAAUACUGUCAUCUCACUCGGACAUUGAUCACCCAAUAUGCUCGGAGUGUACGUCUCUUUUGCUAGCCUCGUUUAACAGCCGGCUAGGGACUUCGACGAGGGAACGGGAUUCCUACGCUUCAUUUCUCAAGUCCGUGCAACAGACGGCCUCUUCGGCGGCACAUGGGAGUCAAGCGAAAUCUCAAAAAGCAGUUUCUCACGCUCAUAAGGACGGAGAGUCCACGUACGAACAGCUGAAACGCACCGAAAGCAACUCCCAAAAGAUACGGGCAGAAAUCAUGGCCCUGGAAGACGAGACGCAGCGAGCGGAUCUGGAGGAACAAGCAUAUUGGAUGUCUCGAAACUCUUUGGAGGAUGAUUUGCAUGAGGCUACUGUGCGUUUAUCAUUCUUACAAGAGAAGUUCGCUCAUGACCAUCAACAACUUGAUCGAUUGCAGCGUACUAAUGUUUACAACGACACCUUCUGUAUUGGUCAUGAUGGCUAUUUUGGAACCAUUAACGGCCUUCGACUCGGUCGUUUGCCCAAUCAAAACGUUGACUGGGCUGAAAUCAACGCGGCAUGGGGACAGACGUUGUUACUUCUGGCAACUGUUGCCGAAAGGCUCAAAUACACAUUUCAAGGCUAUCGUCUACGCCCUCAAGGCAGCACAUCUCGCAUUGAAAAAUUGGAAUACCCACAACAAUUUCCUGACACCGCUCGACAACAUGCAGCAGGUCGAGAUCGUGGACUUCAUUCGGCGGCUGCAAACCCGGAACCGAAAGUCACGCCUUUGGAUUUGUUCAGCAGCGGUGACAUGGCUAUUGGGAGACUUCUGAACCAUCGUCGUUUUGAUAGCGGAAUGGUUGCAUUUCUUGAUUGCCUAGGACAGCUCGGAAAACAUGUUGAGCGAACGUCAAGUCUGGAUAUUAACACCAAACCCAUUUCUAAUAGAAAUGCAGGUUUGCGGAAUCCCCCUACGAAAAGGCUUUUGCCGUAUCCUAUCCAAGGCGAUAAGAUUGGCGAUGUGUCCAUAAAGCUAGGAGUUGGCUUUCACCAAGAUGAGAAUUUCACCAAAGCCUGCAAAUAUGCCCUGACAUGCUGCAAAUUCCUCCUUGCCCAUGUUAGCAACCUGGAAAGCCAGAAGGCUGCCUAA